AACGGCUUCAACGGCUUCCCGUCCUUCUUCUUUCGUGGCUGCAAUUCCUUUUCUGUUGGACUGACCAAUAACAACGCGUGCCAGUGGAUGAACUAAAGUGAUUAAAUAUCAUCGAUUGUGUUUAUUAAGUUCAUUAGGCACAGACAUCAUUGGUGCAGUUGGCCGUCGAAAUAGUCGCCGUCAACGUCAUUAUCUUGAAUCGAACUAAAAUACAGCUGAGACAACCCUUUAUGACAUUACGAUUGAAAAUGGCCGUUCAUAAUAUCAUGAUAAUUUUGUUGUCGCUAUUUGUUGUCUCUAAGGCGAUAAAUAUCUGUCCAACUCGAACGGUAACAUUGUCUUCCGGACAAGUCACGUCACCCAAGUAUCCCAGAAGGUACCCACCAAAUACAGAUUGUAGAUUAACAAUUAAGGCGCCAUCGAGGACAAAUUUCACCAUCACCUUUUCAAAAAUGGACAUCGAAGGCGACGAGGAUGAUUUGUCUUCAUCUUGUUUUGACUGGUUGACAAUUUAUGGUGUUACGAAAAAAACGUUUUGUAGCACGAAGACUCCUGCUUCAUAUACAUCCCCCUGGAAAGUUCUUGUCCUGCACAUGAAAUCGGAUGGCAGUGUUUCAAAGACUGGAUUUGACCUUUCUUUUUCUACUGUAGCAGAUCAAAAUCCUACUCCAACAGCCUCCGUGUGCCCAACGAGAACUAUUACCCCAAGUAAUUUUGGUUAUAUCUCAACUACUGACUACCCCAUGCCGUACAGCAACAAUCUAAACUGUAAACUCACUUUGGACGUUCCGUCAAACAAGGAAUUCAGCAUGACUUUCUUGAAUCGCGAUAUUGAAUACUCUUCUGGUUGCAGCAAAGACAAGCUCGCUUACUCUGAUACCAGGUCAACUUUUUCUGUUUGUGGAACAUCUUCGGAUGCAGAUCAAAGAAAUUUUACAGACGGUGAUGUCUCGUUUCAUCUUACCACUGACGCCAGCACAACUGCAGCGGGCUUCCUUAUUUCAUACAAACUUAUUGAUAAACCUGUGUCAAAGUGCAGUUGCCCAAGUGGAAGCUCAUAUAUCAAACGUCCCAUUACGAAAAACAACGUCAUCAAGCGAAUUUCCGAUGACAUCAGCCUGGAAUUCAAAACGACGAGUGCCAACGGACUGUUCUUGUUUGCCAAGGGUGGGCUCCGGGACUUCAUUCUUUUGAAACUACAAAACGGAAUCGUUAUUUUCGAAAUCGAUCUUGGAACAGGCAAUCUUACGGUGACAGUUCCGUCAGUAAGUCUUAAUGACAACAAUUGGCAUAAAGUGGUCGUUUCCAGGCAAAGAAAGAAUGUCCAAGUCACUGUGAAUGAUCUGUUUUCAGUGAGGGCGAGUACCCCAGGAACUUUUAACUCGCUUGAUAUUAAGCCUUUCAACGGGCAAGAUGCUGCCAUGUACGUCCUCGGAGGACCCUCGGGUAUCCGUUACAAUACCAACUUCAAUGGUUGCAUUCGUAACUUCGUCAUCGAUGGCAUGAAACCUGUAGAAGCGUAUUUAUCAAACGACCCCCAGUACACAAUGUAUGGCACUACAACAUUGGGUGAUUGUUAGAAGUUACCAUCAACUGCAUGUUUGAUCUUUCUUAUUCAUAUUUUUGUAUUUUUUGUCAUAUGGACCAGGUGGUGUUGUAAAAUGUUAACUGUCCAUAUAUUUAGCUCUGUAAAGAUCAGAAAACACUUAUGUAUAAACACUGGUAAAAUUAAUAACUUGUUAUUUGAACUAUGAACGUGAAUAAAAUUUUUUAGUCUUAUUAA